CUUGCAUAGUAGUACACUUCCAUUGUAUGACAGAAGUACGCGGCUCAGCAUUAAAGAUGCAAAGCCGCAAGCCCAAACCUCAGUUUGCCGACUGGCUGAUAGAACAGGUGUUGACCGGGCAAUACGCCGGUUUGUGCUUUGUGGACAACAACAAGUUCAGAGUUCCGUGGAAACACAUCUCUAGGAAGGACUGCUGCGAGGACGACAGUAAAAUAUUCAGGGCAUGGGCAGUGGUCAGUGGUAAAAUCAACACGCAUCCCAAUGACAAGGCAAAGUGGAAGGCUAACUUUCGCAGUGUACUGAACAACCUGACCAAGCGUUUCAUGAUGGUGGAAGACCACUCCAAGGACUCAGACGACCCCCAUAAAGUCUACCUGAUUAUCAACAAUGAGUAUAACUAUAAGAGCCCGCACAUAGAGGAAAUUGCUGUGGAGGACUAUGACAUUGACAUCUACAGCUCUCUCACUUCUACAGGCUACACCCCCCCAGGAAUGGAGCAUGAUGAUCUACUCAAGCUUGUGAACACGUUAGACCUGAACGAACAUACUGAGGAGCAGCAGUGGGCAGAGAACUAUAUACACACACACCACCCAGUGGUACCAGAAGACUGCUACCCCUUCCAGCCUCUAACAGAGCCUCAGCCAGUCUCCCAGAUCCACUCAACACCACCUGUCCCAGUAGCAGUACAGCAGCCAGACUACCACAGUAUGCAAGUGAACCAGGAUGCCCUGCUCAACCUGCCUGCUGCCCAGCCGUCUCUCUUGGACCUGGAGAUCACCAUCUCCUACAGGAGGAGAGAGAUGCUGAAGACCCAGGUGUCAGGCCCCAGGGUUCAGCUCCACUACCAGUGUGAUGCCCCUGAGCCCAACGCCCAGACCCUCUGCUUCCCAAGCACUGACGGCCUGCUAGACCACAAACAGAUUGAAUACACCAACCGCAUCCUAGGGAGCGUCCAAAGGGGUCUUCUCCUGGAGAUACGAAAUACGGGUAUCUAUGGUUACCGGCAGGACAAAUGCCAUGUGUUCUCCAGUACUAGUGACCCCAGAGAGGCACACCCUGAACCCAGGAAGAUGCCCCAAAAUGAAAUGGUACAACUGUUGAGCUUCGACAAGUACAUGAGUGAGCUGAUAGCAUUUAAGGAGAACAGAGGAGGCUCUCCUGACUAUACCAUCCACAUGUGCUUUGGAGAGAAGUUCCCAGACGGAAAACCCCUGGAGAAGAAACUCAUCAUUGUCAAGGUGGUUCCCUUGAUCUGUCGUCACUUCCACGAGGUGGCCCAGGGGGAGGGGGCGUCUUCCCUCCAGAACGACAACAUCAGCCUGCAGAUCUCCCACCACAACAGCCUGAUGGAGCUUAUCAGUGCCACCUGGCUCGACGGCCCAGAGCACACCAUGGAGCAAUACUUCUAGACCACAAAUCGUACCACAUCCCCACCCAGCCACUUAACCCCGAUCUAGGAUUGAUACCACAUCCCCAACCACCUAGCCUAUCUAGGACUCGUACUAAAUAGGCCUCUGGGUCUGUCCCAAUCACGCACUUUGGGCCUAUCCCAAGUCGGUCCUUUGGUUGUGUCCCUAACCCUUGUGUCGCUAACCCUGGUUGUGUUACUUUACUCCACUUCUAGACUAGGACUGGUAUCUAAUAGACCACAGCUAGGUCUUGUUUAUUUGACUGGUCCAUUACUCUACUGAUUAGCUAUAUCACUCAUUUAAUCUUCCCUCAGGAAAGACAUUUUUACAAAAAGUAUACAUUACCAGUCAAAGGUUUGGACACACCUACUCAUUCA